AGACUUCACGCUAAGAUCUUUCUAGGGACUCGGUGGAUGUAUUUCAAUGUAAUUUAGGUUGUAAAUAUCGCCAUGCUCCAGAUUAAUUGCAUUAAGCUUUUGUUUUGUUUGUUUACGUGUGCAUGUUUUGCAGGAAAGUCCUGUGGAGAUAAAGGUCAAGAAGGAUGGUUAACAAAAGACCCAAUCAAAUUAAAUAUCUGUUUUUUUUAUCUUACUUUUUCACAAGGCCAUUGAGGAAAAAAAAUAAAAGGCUAGAUUUAAACAUUUUCAACCAUACAUUUUCGAGGAUUGAGAUAAUUCUGUCUCUCCUAGUGUCUAUCUGGUUUGGAGGUAACCAGCCCAAUUUAACAAUAACAGGAACUAAUGCAAGAAAGAUGGUUUGUUUUGAUAUUAUGGGCCUUUAAAACGUAAAGUAAAACAUUUCAAAUUCAGAUUUUUAUAGGUUUGAUGAAAAAAUAAUUUUCUACAUUAUAAUGCCCAGAUGUGUAGAAAUGCUCCAAGUAACAUUGACCCCUACUCAUUGUUAUUUCUUGUGACUUAGUCUAAAGCUUUGUUAAAAAAUCUUUCUGACAGCGGUGCUGAGAGAUCCACAGGCACAUUCACCCCUGACACCAGCACAAAACCUGAAGAGAGAGAACGAGGGAGAGGAUGGAGUCAGAGCAGAAGAGUAGGAUGGAGAGAGGACGAUGAAAAUCAAGAACUACGGAGGCAAAACAAACAUGAAUACAGUGUUGGUUAUUUAAAUCAAAUGAGAUAUAAAAUACAUGAACGUAUGUUUGAAUGUACUUAAAAUACACACAUUACACAUUCACGGGCAAAAAGUAACAAGAAAGUGUAUGUGUUAAACCUAUUCUCAAUAUCUAUUAUACUAAAGCAAAAGAGGCAGAAAAUGUAAAUGUUAAAAUGUUUAAAGUACUUGAGUAAAUGUACAAAUUACAUCAGUAACUCGUAAAAUUAAAUAAAUGUUAUCAAUUAUGUGACAGUGGCAGUGAGAAACCUUCAGGCACAACAUGGCAGUGCUGGUUAGGAAAUCACAGUGCUGGUGACGGGGGUGGGGAAUCGGGUGAUAAAUCCAUCCAACAGUCUGAUGAUCUGGUUGUCAGCACUUCAGUCCUCUCCUCUUGUCCUGAACCCAUUCUUAUUACAUCGUUAGUUAGAGGGACAAGCCGACCUAAAACAGAGGCUCUGUUUCUGUGAUAACAUGGAGCGACUGUCCUGUAGAGGGGUGAUGGGACUGAGUGAUCUACACCACAGAUGUGGUAAACUUCAGGCGUCUGACUGGUGCCUCCUGUCACAGAAGCAGGACUUGAACGUGACCAUCGGAGGGCAAACGAACGCCCCACAGGACGAGGCCAGUGCUGCGCUGUCCGUCCAUCCUCUUGUCCCUCUCCUCCUCUACAGUGACAGACAUGUGCCUCCAUCCUCCCCAUAUAUUCAGUCAAUUACAUCGUAUGCACCACAGCCUGACAUGCACUUUAAGACCUACCCCUGUCACCAUGGCAACAGGAUCACCUGCAGAACGUCUGUGCAGGUGAAGAAGCCUCUGAAUGCCUUUAUGCUUUACAUGAAGGAGAUGAGACACAAAGUGCUGCAGGAGGGACGAGAGCGGGAGAGCGCCGCCAUCAACCGAGUUCUGGGACGCAGAUGGCACGCUCUGUCUCACUGUGAACAGUCCAAGUACUACGAUCUGGCCCAGAAGGAAAGACGGCUCCACAUGCAGCUUUAUCCUGGUUGGUCUGCUAGAGACAACUAUGGUAAAAGAAAGAAAAGGCGAAGCCAAAAGCCAAAAGGAAAAUAUGUCAGGUUAGCGUAG